CCAAAAUCCAUGCUUACUCAAGUGUAUAUCUUUUUUAAUUUCAAGGUCGAAUGGAAUUCUCCCAAGAAUUACAUGAGACCGUCGAUACCAAUCUGAUCAUUUUUCUUUCACUCCCAAAUUCAUUUUCCCUUCACUCCCAAAUUUGAUAUUCCUUCGCUCCCAAAUUUUAUUUUUUGUCUCUAUCUUUUUACCCUUUUGUCUGAAUUUAAAGUGAAUAAACUGUAUUCUUUUUAUUCUUUCUCUUUCUUUCUGUGUAAGCAAUAUGAAAGUACUUGUGACUCGUGAAUUACCAAAACAUACCCAAAACCGACUGGAAAAACAAGACCUGGAACUCAUACAAUGGAAAAAGGAUUGUACUAUUCCUCGAGACACGCUUUUAAAUUGGGUGAAAGGUGUGGAUGCUAUUAUUUGUCUUCUUACAGAUAAGAUUGAUAAGGAAUUACUAGACCAUGCAGGUCCUCAACUUAAAGUGGUGGCAACUGUUUCGAUUGGAUAUGACCAUUGUGACAUUACUGAACUCAGGGCAAGAAAUAUUCAAAUUGGUUAUACUCCCGACUGUUUGACGGAUGCUACCGCUGAUUUGACUUUAUUACUCGUACUUGCUGCUUCCCGAUGCUUUAAAGAGGGAAUCCGUGCUGCAGAAAAUGGAGAGUGGAGAGAAUGGCGACCAAACUGGCUCUUGGGUUCUCAAUUCUCUGGUAAAACAUUGGGUGUUAUUGGAUUGGGUCGUAUUGGGCAAGCUGUGGCAAAACGCUUGAAAGCUUUUGGUAUCACUCGAAUCUUGUAUCAUGGUCGUAGUCAAAAACCUCAAGCUGAAAGUGAACUAGGUGCAGAAUUCAGUUCAUUCGACAAUCUUUUGAAGGAAUCUGAUUAUAUUACUGUAUGUUGUGCAUUGACCCCUGAAACUCAAAAUCUGUUUGACUAUGUUGCCUUUUCCAAAAUGAAAUCAACUGCGGUCUUUGUUAACACAGCUCGUGGUGGAAUAGUUAAACAAGAUGACUUGGUGCGCGCUUUGGAUGAAAAACUAAUUGCUGCCGUUGGAUUAGAUGUUACCACACCAGAACCCUUACCUACCGAUCACAAACUUUAUCAAUUCAACAAUUGUAUCAUCUUGCCUCAUGUAGCAAGUGCAACGGAGGAAACUAGAGAAAAAAUGGCAUCAAUGGCUUUGGAUAAUGUUUUAGCUGCAGUUCAAGGGCAACGUAUACCAUAUGGUGUUUAGAUAGAUUUUGUAUAUUAGUGUAGUUACAGCUCUUCCGUAUAUCAACAAUAUUACUUUAUUUUCUAGCGUAGCAUAUAUAUAUAUACUCUUUAUGAUUCAGACAAUUAAUAAAAAAAAAUCCAGUUUAUUUUGUAUAGACAA